ACUUGCCCGUCGUUGUAGACGAUAUUCCGAACGCGCAUGGAUUUGUGACCGGCAUACGUGCGUUAACGAAAGUCGAUCCCUCACGUAUUCUCCAAUGGAAAAGGUCGCGAAGUCGUGAUCGUAAGAAGCGUAAGCGCAGUUCUAGCCGCGACAGGAAACGUAGUUCGAGCCGAGAUCGUCGUCGUCGUCGUAGUCGAUCGAAGUCUCGUGAUCGUGAUCGUAAGCGCAGUCGAAGCAGGGAUCGCAAAAGGGAAAGAAGCAGAUCACGCGAAAGGAGACGUUCGA